UCCAAGGAAAUCAAUUUUUAGCUUUUAGUGCUUGUUCUCAGAAUAUUUUACACUGCUACUUUUCAAUUCUCUGAACAAAACCUGAAUUGUUACCUACGUAAAAAUGAAGCCCAAACCCUGCUGCAUUGGAGAAGUACUGCUAAUAGCAGGAUGUACAAACAAAUCACUAGGGUGCUUGAACUAAGUAUGAGGCUCACCUUUGACAGACAAAUCUCUUCACUUUUGCCUCUUAGAAGCAAGAAUAUAUGUACAUUUUGCCCUUUUAGGUGGAAUGAGAAUUUGGAUGUAGAAGAAAGUUGUAAAUAAGGGUUAGCAUUACCGCUAUGGUGAUAUGAGGCAUGUGAGAGGAAAAAAUACGCAUCAGAAGUGACUGUGCUGCAAGCUAAGCAUUCUGGUCAGCACUGCAGAGCAUGAAGUAUUCAAGGCCAGGCUGGAUGGGGCUUUGAACAACCUUGUCUAGAGGGAGGUGUCUUUGCCUAUAGCAGAGGGUUGGAACUAGAUGAUCUUAAAGGUCCCUUCCAACACAAACCAGUCUAUGAUUCUAUGAUCUGCUUGCAGCUACCCUGAGCUGUGGUCUCAGCAUAAUUGUCUCUAUCUUGCUUUUUAAUAAUGGGAUAAACACCCUCGUGCCAUGCUUUGAUGAUAUCACAUUAUUUUCUGUCCCACUUUCCCUCCAGUCACCAUCACGUGGUGUAGAAUAUGCUGCACAACUGGUCACUCAAGAAGGAAAUGUGUGUGUGUUUGGGAGUACAACCAUAUUCCCCCUCUGUCUCACCACAUAUCACAGUAGAGCCCUUGCUCUUACCUUGGAUUACGCCCAGCCUGGCAGAACCUGCUUCUGUAAGGGAAAAUGCUUGCUGUGGAGGAGCACCAAGGAGACAGCUUGACAAAAACAUCGCAUUUCACAAGGUGGUUGCCUAUGGAAUAGCUGUAAAUGCAACCAUCCACAUUGUUGCCCACUUGAUCAAUAUAGAGAGGUAUCACAACAGCCAGUCGAAGGAAGCAGGGGGACUGCAGAAUAAACUUUCUGGCCUUGGCAAGAGGCCAAAUGAAAGCUACUUGAACCCAAUCAGGACCUAUGAAACGAACACAACAGGAGAGGUACUGACCACCAUAGCUGGAGUGACUGGAGUUAUGAUAACUGUGGCUUUUGUUCUGAUCGUGACUUCAUCCACAGAGCUCAUCAGAAGGUCGUGCUAUGAGGUGUUCUGGUACACCCACCACCUCUUUGUGGUUUUCUUUAUUGGUUUAAUAAUCCAUGGUACAGGUCAGCUAGUCCGAGGUCAGACACCUCACAGUCUGCUGCUUCACAACAUCACUUACUGUAAAGAACACUACUUGGAAUGGGAGAAGGCCACUCAGUGCCCUUUGCCACAGUUUUCUGGUAACAAACCUGUGGCUUGGAAAUGGGUUGUGAGUCCUGUGGUGCUGUAUAUCUGUGAAAGAAUUGUUAGAUUCUGGAGAUUUCAACAGGAGGUAGUCAUUACUAAGGUGGUAACACAUUCCUCUGGAGUCCUAGAGCUUCACAUGAAGAAACAUGGCUUUAAAAUGGAAGCAGGCCAGUAUAUCUUUCUGCAGUGUACAUCGAUCUCACCACUGGAGUGGCAUCCCUUCACCCUCACCUCAGCUCCUGAGGAAGACUUCUUCAGUGUUCACAUCAGGGUAGCUGGGGACUGGACUGCAGCCCUCUUCAAGGCUUUUGGAGCAGAGGAGAAAACUUUCAAGGAGUUGUGGAUGUUACCAAGACUGGUCGUGGAUGGACCCUAUGGAUCUGCAACCACAGAUGUUUUUCACUAUGGAGUGAGUGUGUGCAUUGCAGCAGGGAUAGGAGUCACGCCAUUUGCCUCUAUUUUAAAAUCCAUUUGGUACAAGAGCUGCAAUCCUAACACAGUCUUGGUGCUGCAGAAGGUUUAUUUUUACUGGAUCUGUCGAGAUCCAUCCACAUUUGAGUGGUUUGCUGAUCUUCUGUUCCUUUUGGAAACAAAAAUGGUUGAAAAAGGGAAAAAUGAUUUCCUAAGUUAUCACAUAUUUCUUACUGGCUGGGACGAAAAUCAGGCUACUCACAUAGCCCUGCAUUAUGAUGAGAAGAUGGAUGUAAUUACUGGUUUGAGACAGAAGACCUUCUAUGGACGGCCAAACUGGGACAGUGAGUUCAAGCAGCUAGCUGAAAACCAUCCUAGCAAUAGUAUUGGAGUGUUCUUCUGUGGACCCAAGAAUCUCUCUAAGAUCCUUCAGAAGAUGUGCAGCUCAUAUUCAACAGUAGAUCCAAGAGGAGUUCAGUUUCACUACAAUGAAGAAAGUUUCUAGACUGUACUUCUCAACUCUCUAAUAGGAAUGGGAGAAUCAAUUGUAUUUCCUCAGGAACAGUGAAAAGGAAAAGAAAAAUGUGACACUGCUUUAAUCCAGCUUGCCCUAUGAAUAUGAAAAGGCUAAAUAACACAUGCAUUCAAAGAAUACUAAUUCAUGGUGAACUAAGCAGCAUAGCAGGAGGUGGCUCUGGAGGUGCAUGACUGUGUGCAGUAGAGAUGAACUGUGCCCAGGCUGCUGUCUCUUCUCCUGACACUUCUCAAGCAUUCCAAUGCCAGGCAUGAAUCUGCCUUGGUCUUCAGAGACAAGAGCACUUACAAGGUGGAGGGCUGUACCAGGGACUGGAUAGCCUAUAGCUUAAACCUCCUGAGUACUGAAAACUGACUUAGCUGGGCUUUCUCCUACCAGUCAGGUUAUCCGUUCUGUAGUAGCAAUUCCAUCUCCUUGUGUCUGAUUAUUUAAUUGUCUGAGAAAUUCUGUACUUCUUUGUCUAUGGAAUAAAACUGAGUGUCCAUUACAUUUAAGCUGCAGCCAUGAACAAGAACAUUUUCCAGGAAUGUCUACUUACACAUUACUUGCAUUUGAACAUGUUCAAAUGAGGGUGAACUGAUGAUUUGCAUUUUAAAAGUAUAGCAAGAUAAGUCUGUUUAACAUGCGUCUUCUUGACCUUCAACAAAUUAUCUCAUACAGUGAAAUAAAUUUCAUUCACACGACGGUUUUAAUAUAAGUGAACAAAUGUGUUAGUUGACAUGGAAACACACUUUCUCUCCUAUCAAAAGCAAGAAAGUACUAAAAAGCUUAAACUCAUUAAAAGAUAUAUAUUAAUAACCCUUCAGAAUACAUAGAAACAAACAGAAGUUUUACAGUAUAAUGAAGCACUCAAACUAGCAUAUUUCAAAGGCCAGCUGCUUCCAGUUUUUGCAACUAUUAUUUCUAAACAAUAAUGAUUUCUAACGUGGUAAGACAUUCAUUGAGGAUAAAAGCCCUGAGCCUGCCAGUCCUUACACAUGUGCCUCAAACUUACUUCAAACAAUACUUUUACUGUCCUAGAGGAUUAAAUAUGGUUCCUUUUGAUGAGCAUGCAUAGAAGACUAAUGUCAAGUUGAAGGUUGGGUCUGGAAGGCUGAUCUAUCUUAUUCUAUUCUAUUCUAUUAAACUACUGGACUGCCCUCAUUCUUGUGUAGACUGUUUCUCUGGUACAGAAAUUCUGAAUAUGAAAGGUAAUUUACAAUCAUAUUCACCUUAAGGUACACAGAUAAGAUUUCACUGACACACUUCAGCAAAAGGCCUGAGUUUUGGUGGUCUUGUAGCACCUUUUAAAGAAAAAAUGAGCUUUCCUCUCUUUUUUUUUUUUUUCCUCUUUUUUUCAUUAUUGUUAUUUUUGCAAAAUGAUGAAUAACAGAAUCUGGUCAUUUUAUUCUGUGGAAACAGAAAAAUAAGGAGUAAGUGCAGACAUACGCUGUCCCCUGAAAUGGCAUUCCUGUUCUCCAGCCUAUAUCUGGUUGCUCCCUGGCAUUGCUGCAUGGAUCUUCAGAAUCUCCUGUCCCACACAAUGGCUUAUGCCCUGGCUUCUCUGCACUAAAGUAUCUUUCCUUCUGCUGCAGUCCAAGGCUGCAAAAACCCACACAGAAAUCAUUACUGUCAAAAUAUGAACUAAGUGGAACUUGAACAAAAAUAAAGAAGCUCACAUAAGCCCAAAUUAACGCACAGCAGCUGUGGAAUGAAUGUACAUAAACUUGCAGAUACCCACAUGCUCUAGAUCUCACAGGUGCUGAUGUCCAUAGUUCCCUCUUACUGCAACAAUGACAAUUUAUUUAUUCUCAGAUUUACAAGAAUCAAUCAAGGUUUAAAAAAAAAAAGAAAGAAAAACUUGAAUUAUAAUGGUCACAGGAACUUGAUCGACCUGCAACACUGAAGACUCAUUAAUUGUACAUUACUAUACAAUGUCAUUAUAUUUAGAUAAAAAUAUUUAGAUUGAGGAAUGCCCACCAUCUGCACAGUAAUGUUAAUAAAACAGUCAUGCAAUUUUCUGAGUUUGUGUGCUGCUAAGGAAAUUCAGAGGGCUAUGCAAAAAGCAUAUCAAUGAAGAGUUAGCCAUAUAAAGACACUCUUUCUUAGAUUCCUUACCAUGCAAGCAAGAGGAAUAUAGUUAAGAUGCACAGUUGGACAACUUUGAAUGUAAUAUCAAAGGUCUGAGGAUGAAACAAACAAAUGUAUGCUGUGAUACUGGUCAAUAUAGAAGUUACUUUAAAUAGAAACCAUGUGGAGAAUAGCAAGAUUUGAAUGAACUGGACUUUCGGUAACAUAAACAUGCCUGAGUACAAUUUAUCUGACAGGAAUGUACAUCACCUAUUUUAUUAUUUAAUGGAAGCUGUGGUUGUCAUUACAAAUAUGUAUCUAUAAUACAAGACAUCAAGCAUAAUCACAAAUGCUGGCCACCCAAGGCAUAUUACAGCAAGUACGUCAUCCGUCUAUAACACUGUGCAUUCAUAAAGGAGCCUAAACAUUUUAAAAAUAGCCUGAUGCUGGGAGGCUCUGAUUUGCAAAAGCUUUUAGUGAAACCAAAAGAAACUGUAGCUGCUUGGCAUUCUGCAGAACCAGACCUUGGAGUCCAGUCAAUGAAAUUAACUGGAGCUUUGCCAGAAAGAGGACAGUAAAAAUUGGCUCAGAUAGUCAGUGUCAGUGCAGAAUUAUAUAUUAUAAAUAUUGAAACGCUAAACAUUAAAGGGAAAAAAAAAUGAAUUCCCUUCAGAUGGCCUGAUUUGUUUAUAGCAAAAUAGCUAGUGCUUUACUACAUGCUGACUGUCCUAAUGCUAUAGGUAUAGAUAACCAUCAAUAAUGAAGAGCGUUAAGUGGGAAGACAUCUCUUUGUGGAAAGGAUGCUAUUAUAUCCAGACAUUAAUGUUGCAACUCUAGCAAAGUGCUUAUGCUUAAUUAAAGGCAUACAAGAUAGAUUCUUUGUUACAAGGGAGCUGGCACAUGAUGGAGGCUUGGUCUAAGUCUUGAAAGCUUUGAAAGUGAGACCUCCACCAAAAAUGCCACCUAAAUGAAAGGGACUCUUCUCACAGACUUAUUGAAGAAACUAGGAAUCUCCUUGGCUUUGCUCUCCAGACAAAUAAUAUCUUUAAUUAGAGGCACGAAAUUGGUUGUCCUCUUUUCAGGGGAGCCAGGUAAGACCAACCUAAAUUUUAAGAUUUGUAUCUUAAUACAAAUAAUAACUUCCCAUAAUAACUUGUGCUACAUUCCUGUCUGUCAGCCUGUCUGCUGGCCCUAUUUCCAGCCUUUCUCUUCCUCAGAAAAUAUCAUUUAAUUUGACAAACAAUUUCAAACAAGAUAUAAUGUAUAUAACAUUAAUCUUAACUCUUACAUAGUCCAUGUCACCAAAAUUGUAUGAACACUGCAAAAGUAUAACACACGGCCUAUGCCACUGAGCAGUCACUGAAACUAAGUGUCUGAACAUACCCAACUGUGAAACUGCACAUCUCAGGAUAUGGAAGGCAUGCCAAGCUUAAAAUAUAGUGCUGAACCUCGUAAACCAGUGACUGAAAUCAAGGGUUUAGCAGGCAAACAUCUUGUUAUAUUCAUUCAGUAAAAUACUGCACCAAAAAGAGAUAUUUGUUCCUUUAUACACAGGAGGAAUGAGGCUAAUAGUGGCAUACUACAAACUGUUCUGUCAUUCAUCUUAGAAUUUUAAGAAAUUAGGGUAGCGAAAAGAGCCACAGACAUACUCAAGGACUUCAGAGACUGCCGCAAUUAAAGGGCUCCAUCAGCUUAGCAUAUGAAAAUUUAGAUUAAGAGAUGACUACAAUAGUGUACAAGCACCUUCAUGUGAAGAAAAUCUAGGCAUCAGCAAGCUCUUUAAUCUCGCAGAUUAAAGCACAACAAACAAUUUCAUAUAGAAAACAGGCAGUCACUUCUAACAGGGGAAAGUAGUUACUGGAAGGCCACUGUUGCAGGAACUGGUAAAACCUCUCUCUCUUGCUGUCACCCAAUCAAGUCUGAGUGCAACCUGGGUUGAUCCAUACUACCCAGUUACCAGAUAGGCUCAGUUCAGUGGAAGUUAUUGCUGCAGUUGAGUAGCCAGGUGAAAAUUACUGGCUGCUGCUAGUUAAACUUCAAUAGAAAAAGGUGCAGUGGUUUAUUUGGUGUUCAAAACGUACAGUUUCUCACAAUAUCCUUGUCAGUUCACAAAUUCAGAACUUCAGUUUUUAGAUGGGGAACUGAGACAUAGAAAUGCUAAUUUGCCUCAAGGUCUCAAAAGAAUGGGAGAACAAUGAGUAAACCACAGCCUUUCAGGACCAAGACUAUUGUUUGAUCUUCCUCUCUUAUAAACUGUAUUAAGUGUAUUUGACAUGGUCCUUAAAAAUAUCAGAGAGUAAGCUUUCUGAAUGAACAUGAAACAGAAUUGAAUAAUUUUCUUACUAAUGGCAAUCAUUAACAUUGUUAUUAAGCAACACGACUUCAAAAGCAAAUAUUUUGAUUCCCACUACUUGCAUGAUACAUGCUUACUCACUCUUAGGAUUGCAUGUAAAAUAUACAGUAUUUACAUGAGAAGUAGGUCCUCUGUGAUCAGAUGGGAGGAGGUUUAAAAAUAUGUAAAAAACGGUAUCAGAAAAGAAACAAGAUUUGAGGUUUUCAAUUAAGAGAAAGUAUCCAAAUACCCGAGCACAGAUUUUGAUGCUGGACUCGUCUAACCCCACUUUAAGUAAAGAACACAGGAGAAUGCUUGUUACCUCACACAUUAGCAGGAUCCAGCUCAAUACCACACAGCACAGCACAGAAAUGGGCAGCCAGGAAAGCUAAGACUUAAUUUUAAAGUAGGAUAGAUCAGAAAAUUUUAAACCUCCUCUUUAAAUAUUUCAUGUGAAGAAUAUACAAUAACAAAGAAUAAAGCUAGGCAAAUAAAUGACAUUCUACUUCAGUUUCCUGGGAUGCACUUAUCCCCUUUAUGACCAUCUGAGGCUACGCUGCAUUUAUUUGCUUUCUGAUAUCAGCGACCUUGCUCGUACUUAGAGAAUUUUCUCAGAUUGCAAAGGUGGAUCUGUUUAUUUCUUAUGUCUAUCCUCCAUUAACAGCUUAAAAUAAAUUCUAGCAGAACCAGAUAUGAAGUCUUCAACCUGACUCUUUAUCACCUCUGCAUUAUUGGCUCUAUAGUAAUCCAAGAUAAUGGUAUUUGGUUAUUGCCCUGCUUAAAGGUACAUUAAAGCUGUGUCUGCAAUAAUACUAUUUACAAGAGUAAAUUCAUUCCUUCUCAUUCCAUUCACUAAUAUUUUCUAUUAAACUAAUGCUAGGGAGGAAGGAUUUAGUACACUUCACCUCCUGCAGAAGUAAUCAGAAAAUAUUUAUGAACAUUUGCAAAUGUGAUAGGAGGAACAGAAGGAAUUUUAUUAUGCUGCUUUUAUCCUUUUUUUUUCUUUUUUUUUUUUUUUUCC